GCAUAGUAAACCACCACGCGCGCGCCAGCAUCGCAAUCACCACACUUCAUUUUCUCUCCCCUCCUAUGUUCAUCUCUAUUACUAAUCUAAUUACUUAAUUUAUUAUAGAUACACUUUUUAAUUUUGAGAUUUGGGAUUUGGGUUCAUAUUUGUUGUAUAAAUAUAGUUGUAAUGAAGCGUGGGGUUUGGUCAUUGAUGUGGAGGUUGGGACUUGGGAGUUUAUAGGUGACCAAAGUUGUCUAUUUAAUUUAUAAUUUACUUUCGAGACAAGGCCAAGCCACGGUUUCAAGAAGACCAGCUUGAUCCGUAAGAGGGUGAGAGAGAUUCAACAAGGACACGAUUAUGGAUCCCCGAAGCGUCCAUAGCCAAGAAAAUUCCAAGAGUUCCCAUUUGGCUUUGGAUAUUGGAGGUUCUUUGAUUAAGGUGGUUUAUUUCUCGAGAAGUGAUGAAUGUUUGAUCGAUGAUAACGAGGGAAAGUCUUCAAAGGAGAGUCUGGUGGUCUCUAAAAAGUAUCCUGUUCUUCAGGGGAAGCUUCAUUUUGCAAAAUUUGAAACGAGCAAGAUUAACGAUUGUUUAGAGUUUAUAAUGCGCAAUCAACUUCACCUUGGCGGCCGCCAGCACGGGGGAGCCCCUGACAGUGAAGUGUACACUGUUAAGGCCACAGGUGGAGGGGCAUACAAGUAUGCAGACCUCUUUAAAGAAAAGCUUGGUAUUUGCCUUGACAAGGAAGAUGAAAUGGAUUGUCUUGUGGCUGGAGCAAAUUUUCUACUUAAGGCAGUUCCCGAAGAAGCUUUUACUUACACAGAUGGUCGAAAGGAAUUUGUGCAGAUUGACCAAGAUGAUUUAUACCCAUAUCUACUUGUUAAUAUUGGUUCUGGUGUCAGUAUGAUCAAGGUAGAUGGGGAUGGCAAGUUUGAGCGAGUAAGUGGAACCAAUGUUGGUGGUGGCACCUUUUGGGGUUUGGGAAGGCUCUUAACGAAGUGCAAGAGUUUUGAUGAGUUGCUGGAGUUAAGCCAUCAAGGAAAUAACAGAGUUAUAGACAUGCUUGUUGGAGACAUCUAUGGUGGAAUGGAAUAUAGUAAGAUUGGUCUUUCAUCAACAGCUAUUGCUUCUAGCUUUGGCAAGGCAAUUUCUGACAAUAAGGAGCUCACAGAUUACAAACCUGAAGAUGUUGCUCGGUCCCUACUAAGAAUGAUUUCAAAUAAUGUUGGACAGAUCUCUUACUUAAAUGCUCUCCGGUUUGGACUGAAGCGAAUAUUUUUUGGAGGGUUUUUCAUUCGCGGUCAUGCUUACACCAUGGACACUAUUUCUGUUGGAGUUCAUUUCUGGUCUAAAGGUGAGGCCAAAGCUUUGUUCUUAAGACAUGAAGGAUUUCUUGGAGCAUUGGGUGCAUUUGCAAGCUAUGAAAACCAACCUGGCUCAGAUGACUCGACAGUCCGCCAGUUGGUGCAACAAUCCCCCAUUAGUGCAUCUCAUACGGGCUAUAAGAUCCAUCGUCCUCUAAAUGGGGAAUGUAAUGAUAACGAAAGUAUAGAAUGUAGUGUUUACGUCUCUUAGAAUAUAUAAGAGGGGGCAAUACAUGGUUGCCGCCUAUUUUGCACCCUUUACUAGUCCAAGGGUUGAAAAGGGUUAACAUAUCUAAAGUUUAACAUAGUUGAAAGUUACUGUAGGCAUAUAUAUAUAUAUCCCUCAAAAAAUCAAGUGAUGAAAGAGAUAUAACUCAGUCUCAGUUGACAAUAAAUAUUUUCUCUCAUUGUUUGUAACAUCUCCAUGUUUGUAAUCCUAUUGGGUUUGAAACAUCGCCUUGUUAUUUAAUAAUAAACUCAACUUUUUCCGUUGUGGCA